AUCAAACUUGAUAUAACGUCAUGAGUUCCUUAGGUAACAGAGCUUGUAUGCUAUGUGGGAUAGUGGAGUCUUCAAGAAGAUUUCAAGAUGAAGGUUGUCCCAACUGUGUUGAUUUAUUAGAUGUUGGUUUAUCAACUACUUCACCUACAUUUGAGGGUCUUGUUGCCAUCGGUGAACCAGAUAAAUCAUGGGUUGCCAAAUGGUUAAGAGUGAACACAUAUUUACCUGGAUUGUAUGCAGUUAAAGUUAUGGGUAGAUUACCUCAAGAUAUCAUAGAAACCUUACCUUACUAUAGACCAAGAGAUGGAAGUGCUACUGAUUGA